GACUCGUACACAAAAACAGCAGUGAAGUCGCAUAAAAUCGGUGACGAAAAUGAUACGAGGAGUGAUCGUAAUGAACGAUCAAGGCAAGCCUCGCCUCAUCAAAUUCUAUGAAUUUCAGCCGCCGGAGAAGCAGCAGGAGCUGGUUCGGAGCAUUUACAGAAUUUUAUGCAGUAGAGCAGAGAACGUGAGUAAUUUCGUUAAAGCAGAUUCUCUUUUCGGGCCGAAUGUGUGGCUUGUUUAUAAAACUUUUGCAACACUCUACUUUGUCUUCAUAUUCGACAAAUCCGAAAAUGAGCUAGCAAUGAUGGAUCUGAUGCAAGUAUUUGUGGAGACAUUGAACAAUUGUUUCAAAGAGGUAUGCGAGCUUCACAUAGUGUUCAAUUUUUACAAGAUCCAUAUGAUUUUAGAUGAAAUCAUAUUAGGUGGACAAGUGCUUGAAACAAGUUCUGAAGAGGUGGUCAAUGCAGUUGAUGCAAUCUCAAGGUUGGAAAAGAAUGUCAAUUCGAUGAUUCCAUCUAUUCCUGGUUGGCAGAGAUGAUAGCAACUGAUCUUUCGUAGUAUUUUGAAGACUAAAGAUAUCAUCCACAACCCUUUUUUCGCAAAUGAUAUUGGAAAUCAACCUGUGUUGAUGCUGAUUGAUAAAAUCCUCUUCUUUUUAGAACGAACAUUUGACAUGAUCAUACCUUCAACAGAAUUCUCGAAUGGCAUUAGUUCUUGCUUUUGUAUAGUUAAUUGAUCCGUCUCGCUCAUUCUUUUAGUUUUGUGAUGUGUACAAUGUCCUUUUCUUUCUAGAUGAAAAAGAAUAUUUUUAUUUUAUUUUA